AUGUCUGACUUCCUCGCAGAUGACCCCGAGUGGGCAGACGUCGUUCCUGUUCGACAGUAUGAAAACGCGAACCCGAUCGCCCCCAUCUUCUACUCCGACGAGUACACGGACGCGACUGACUACCUUCGUGGGGUGCUCAAGACGGGGGAGAUGAGCCUCCGCGUCUUGAGGCUCACCGAACGCGUCAUCCGGAUGAACCCCGCUCACUACACUGCAUGGCAACUCCGCUACAAGACUCUCCUCGCGCUAAAACUCGCGCUUGAUGAUGAGCUCCGACUCAUGGACGAGAUCGCGACGACGUUCCUGAAAACAUAUCAAGUGUGGCACCACCGCCGCCUGCUCCUCACCACGCUCAACGACGUCCCGACCGCGGCACGCGAGCUCGGCUUCCUCACGACCGUGCUCGACGCGGACUCGAAGAACUAUCACACGUGGUCGUACCGGCAAUGGAUCCUCGCGCACUUCAACGACGAGGGCACGCUCUGGCAGAGUGAACGGCCGUACGUCGAGCAGUUACUCGAGGAGGAUGUGCGCAACAACUCGGCGUGGCACCACCGCUUCUUUGUCGUGUUCUCCAGCGGGGUACGGGAAGGGGACGAAGAUCGGGACCGGGUAUUGAAGAGGGAGCUCUCGUUCGCGAAAGAGAAGAUCGCGCUUGCGCCGAACAACCCGUCCGCGUGGAACUACCUCCGCGGCGCGCUCGAGUUUACCAAGACCCCUUUCGCGACCGUCAAGGCAUUCGUCAUGCCAUACACAGCAUCGUCCCCACCACCGCCCUCCGAUGUAGUCGACCUGGAUGACCCAGUGCCCUCACAAGGCGCGGAGCUGCCCUGCGUCGCAGCGAUGGAGUUCUUGGCGGACAUUUACGAGCAGGAGGGCGGAGACGCGGUACCAGAGGCUGCCAAGAUAUGGAAAUCUCUGGCCGAGGACAGGGAUACCAUGCGUAAGAAGUACUGGGUAUAUCGCAUACGGGAAGCGACCCAGGCGCCGUGA